AAACGACUUAAACAAGAAGGCUUGCCCCUUUAUUAAAGCCAAAACACAAAGAAAGAAAGAAAGACACACCCUUUGCAUCUAUUGCGUUCACUUUUUUUCUUCCAUUUCUACUUUGGCAAAGAAACAAGAAAGCAUCAAUCUUUAUUUGAUAUUGUUUUCAAGUCAUGGCAGCUACAACAGCAGAGGCAGCACGAUCUUCUUCUUCUACAGGUAGUGGUGGUGGUGGGUCAUCAUCAGCAGAUUCCUAUGUAGGUAGCUUGAUUAGCUUGACUUCAAAGUCUGAGAUUCGUUAUGAAGGCGUUCUUUUUAACAUCAACACUCAAGAAUCCACCAUCGGCUUAAGAAAUGUAAGAUCGUUUGGAACGGAAGGGCGGAAAAAAGAUGGCCUGCAAGUACCUCCAAGCGAUAAAAUUUAUGAGUUCAUACUCUUCCGAGGAACUGAUAUCAAGGAUUUGCAGGUCAAGUCUUCUCCACCUGUUCAGACUGCAACACCCGUGCACAGUGAUCCUGCAAUCAUCCAGUCUCAGAAUCCUCAAGCAGCAACUGCAUCCAUGAAUUUGCCUUCUUCUGGUAAUGGAUCUCUAACAGAUCCAAGUUCCCAUGCUUCAUCCAGUGGUCUUCCCAGGCCAACAUUUCAAGGUAGUCUUCCCCAAUAUCAGCCUGAUGCGAGUUUAGAAUCAUGGGGUCCAUCACAUCUCCUUCCAACCACAAAUGGUAGUGGGCUUGCCAUGCCAAUGUAUUGGCAGGGGUACUAUGGGGCCUCCAAUGGAGUUCAGGCCCCACAGCAAGCUUUGCUUCGACCCCCACCUGGCUUGUCAAUGCCACCUUCCACGAUGCAAUCUGUGCAGUAUCCUGCCAUGAAUGCAUCCAACACUUCAGCUUCUCCAUUGUUAGAAAGCCCCCCUUUGUUGCCACCAUUUAGUACAAGCACCUUAAAUUUGCAGACUUCUACUCUUCCUUCUUCACGGUCUUCUGCGAUCGUUUCAGACUCAACAAAUUUAACUCCUGAUAGGGUUUCUACUCAAACACUUCCUAGUAACUUGCCAUUGGCAUCCCCAUUGACUACUGGUGUAGAUAAAAUUGCUAUUGCAUCACCAGGUUCUUACCUGCCCAAGACAGUCCCAGAUCCAAUAAUGCCUUUUAAAAGAAUGUCUGAACCUCCAUCCUUCAUCAUGAGGACAUCAAGUUCAGUUUUGAACGAGGGAAAAACACAUCUGGUGACACCAGGCCAAUUUUCGCAGCCUGGCCCUCCCAUUGUUCCCUCACUGCAGUCUUCACAGAUAACUCAAAAGGAUGUUGAGGUGGUGCAGGUAUCAUCACCAGAAUUGUCAGCACCGCCACCAACAACAGCUGCAGCAGAAGUGCAGAAACCCAUAUUACCUCUACCUUCACAACCUGAACAUAAGGUAUAUGGAGCGCCUAUGUACACUUAUCAUACUAGUAGAGGAGGACGUGGAAGGGGAAGAGAAAAUGAGAUUUCGCGUUCUGCUACCAGAUUCGAGGAGGAUUUUGAUUUUACAGCAAUGAAUGAGAAAUUCAAUAAGGACGAAGUAUGGGGUCACCUUGGUAAGAGCCACAAAGCUCAAGACAGGAAUGAUUUGCUAGAUGAAGAUGAUGUUGGAUCAUCGAAACUUGAGACCAGGCCUGUUUAUGUGAAGGAUGACUUUUUUGAUUCCAUAUCAUGUGAUGCUCUUGAUGGUGGAUCACGUAAUGGGAGAGCUAGAUUUUCCCAGCAGUCGAGAAGAGAUACUGAUGCAUUUGUUAAUUUCUCCCACCAUUGGGGUGGUCGAGGAGGUUGGGGACCUGGCCGAGGUGGUCGAUCACGUGCUGGUUAUUAUGGAAGAGGCUAUGGUUAUGCUGGUCGUGGCCGGGGUUAUGGCCUGUCACACGGUUCCUUUUAAUUAUCACUCGAGCUUACAGUGUAAUAUUUAGUUCCUGUCAAAGUCUUACAAUAACCGACACAGAGUUUAUAGUGUACUGGUCGGUUUGGUGCUUGGACUUUGCAAUGCAAUAUUAACCUGUCACCAAAUGGUAAUGCCCUGCCGAUUUGGAGAUAUCUAUAAAUGGUUGUGUACCUGUUUAUCUAGUAGCUCACUUGGGAAUUGUUCUGGGAAUAAACAAAAGAACCCAAAACAGAGAAGGGAUUUUCAG